AAUUUUUUGAAAAAUAUAUAAAAAAAAGUUAUAAAGAUUUUAUAACGAAAGAGGCAAACAAGAAAAUUACAAGGAUAAUAAAAAGUUGAAAAAUAAUAAAAACAAGUAAUAUACUUAAAAGUAGUAACAAAGGAAACACAACAACAAAAUGGGCACAAGGGAAGAUGAAUAUGAUUAUUUAUUCAAAGUUGUACUAAUUGGUGAUUCUGGUGUCGGUAAAAGUAAUUUACUCUCACGUUUUACGCGCAAUGAAUUCAAUUUGGAAUCGAAAUCAACGAUUGGUGUGGAGUUUGCCACACGCAGCAUAGAGGUUGAUGGUAAAACAAUUAAGGCUCAGAUAUGGGAUACAGCUGGUCAAGAACGUUAUCGUGCUAUUACUUCAGCUUAUUAUCGUGGCGCUGUUGGUGCUUUGCUUGUAUAUGACAUUGCCAAGCAUUUGACAUACGAGAAUGUGGACAGAUGGUUGCGGGAGUUGCGUGAUCAUGCCGAUCAAAAUAUCGUUAUUAUGCUGGUGGGUAAUAAAUCGGAUCUAAGACAUUUAAGAUCCGUGCCCACGGAUGAGGCGAAAUUGUUUGCCGAACGUAAUGGCUUAAGUUUCAUUGAAACUUCAGCGCUAGAUUCUACUAAUGUUGAAACUGCAUUCCAGAAUAUACUCACAGAAAUUUAUCGCAUUGUUUCUCAAAAACAAAUACGUGAUCCUCCGGAAGGUGAUGUUAUUCGUCCUGGCAAUGAUGUACCCAUUGAUAUUAAGCCGACUGUUACUAGUGAUGUACGCAAACAGUGCUGUCAGUGACCGCCUUAUAGCUGCCCCCACAAUUAUUACACCUUUAAUCAACAACAACAACAACAGAAACACGCUAAAAGCCCAUGUUAUCUUUUAAAUAUAAUUUCCAUUACUAUUCUCUAAGAAGCUGUUAUUUAGUGUGACAACAACUUUAAAAAAAAAAAAAUUCAACAACAAUCCAACUAUAAUCCAAAACGAAAGCUUUCGUCAAUACCAUCCUUUCUGAAGGCUUAAAAACAAACAAACAGAAAAUAUAUAAGAAACAGAGAAAGCUUCAUUUUCGAAAAACAAAAACUGAUUUCUUUUUUUUAAUAAUUUAAAUUAUUUCUCUAUUUUUCUCUCUCCCCUGUUUCCUAUUUUUUUCUCCUCAAUUAAAUUAAAAUAAAUCUAAAACUAAAAUAUAGCAAACUUUUCCUUUUCAAGAAAACAAAACUUAUAUUAUAGUAUAUUAAAAAAAAAGAAAACAAAUCAAAAAAAAAGAGAAAACAAGUUUUUAAGCAAAAGUUUCAUUUCAAUUUCCCAGAAAAAUCUUAUUUUCAAAGUUUCUUUUGUAGGCUUGCUUUCAUUUCACAUUUUAUUUUCCUUCUUCAUAUUCAUGUUUAACAUUUAAUUAGUUUUUGUUUCAAAACCACCAACCAAGAACUAUUAAUUUUCGCUUGUAAUUGUUUCUAUUUUUUAUUUUCUCAAAUUCUUUUACGUUUUAUUGUCUUUAUAUGAUUUGCUACAUUCAGAAUUCAGUUUUGAAAAAGACUUCUUGAUUUAGUUUUUUUGCCUCUUAAUACAUUUUUUUUUAUAUAUAAAUUUAAUAUUUUUACAUUUUAAAUUUAUAAAACAAACAACAACAACAAAAAAAUUAAGAAAUUUAAAAGCAAAAAUAUAUAAUAUUAAAUUAAAAAUUAAAGUAUAUAUAUAUAUUUGCGCGUAAUUUAAAGAAAAAUAACAAAAUAAAAUUUAAAUAUAAUUUCAAAUGAAAUAAAAUUAAAAUUUUGAACAAUUAAAAA